UCCUCCCUCACUUCCCCUCUUCUCUUACUCUUUUACUUACUGUUGGUUUUCCAGGCUACAUGAACCCAGACACGGGAGUUCUCCUGGGUCGGACCCCCUUCCGAACCCUAGCUUAGAUCGAAGUCGUCUGGAGCCCGCCUCAGGCACUGCCUCGCCAUCGAAUUGUCGCUCUUUUGUGCUGACAAUGACGCAGCUGGUUUUUGGUCCUGUUUUGGUGCGGAUUGGCGGAGUUUAGGGCUCCUUGGCCUGGGCUAUGGCGUGUUCGAAAUUCGGUAGCUCGGCGUGAGGUGAGGUCGGAGCUAUGCGGCUCUCGGGGAUGGUGGAGCGGAGGGAUGGUGGUGGUGUGGUUGGUAUGGUCCGGCGGGGGAGUAAGCGUCGAAUGGGUCGGCCUGUGCCGGCGGAGUGAGGUGCGGUUCGGCUGAAGCGAGAGGGGGUGAGGGGGAGAGCGCGGAGCAGGGAUUGUGGUUGCAACGGUCAUGGACGAGAUUGGUGCCAUUGAGCCGCCACGGACGGACGCGCAAGAUUUAGCGGAAGAGAGGGAGUGUGGGGAGAGCGAGAGGGGGAGGGGCGUAGGUGUUGGAGGGGAAAGCGGCAAUCGGAGCCAUCAGCAACUACCGGACGGAGACCCUGACGACGAAGAGGAUGUGUGUCGAAUUUGUAGGACGCCCGGGGACGAGGAGUCGUCGCUGUACCAUCCUUGUGCCUGUAGUGGCAGUAUCAAAUAUGUGCACCAGGAGUGUCUUUUGCGGUGGCUCAAUCAUAGCAAUGCUCGGCAGUGCGAGGUGUGCAAGCAUAUGUUUGCAUUUUCGCCCGUGUAUGCACCUGACGCGCCUGCGAGGCUGCCUGUGCGGGAGCUGUUCCUGGGCAUGACAUUGAAGGCUUUUAAGGGGGCACGGUUCUUCGUUCGCCUUCUGUUUGUAACCUGCGUGUGGCUUCUGCUGAUUCCGUUUGUAACUCUUUGGAUUUGGAGGUUUACGUUCGUGCGGAGUUUGGUGGAAGCGAACAGUCUGUUUUACAGCCGAUGGACUUUUGGUCUGCUACUCACAGACUGCCUGCACGGGUUCCUACUGUCGGCUGGAAUCGUGUUUAUCUUUCUGGGCGUGACAUCGUUGAGGGAGUAUUUUCGGCACCUGCGAGAGGUAGCUGGAGGGCAAGAUGGCGACAGGGAGGACGACGCAGUGGACAGGGGCUUGGGAGGCCGAGCUGGCAGGCGCUUAGGUCAGGUGGUUGCUGGAGUGAGAGGUUUUGGAGGCGAUGGGGGUGUGGCAGUGGGAGGUCCGCACGCCAAUAACGAGGUGGCUGUUGUGGCUUUACCUGCCCAGGGUCUCGCAGCUGGAGCUGGCCAGUUGCUGCGGCGGAAUGCCGAGAACGUGGCUCUUCGGCUGGAGAUGCAAGCUGCACGGCUGGAGGCCCAUGUGGAACAGAUGUUUGAUGCAGUGGAAGACGUGGACGGUGCCGAGGAUGUGCCAUUUGAUGAGCUUGUGGGAAUGCAAGGCCCCGUUUCCCACUUACUUGAGAAUGCCGUCACAGUGCUGCUGAGCAAUACGAUCUUUCUGGGAACGGUUGCUCUGAUACCAUUUACUCUUGGUCGGAUCAUUAUCUUCGUUUUUUCGAAGAUAAUGGUAGCCACUGGGAGCGCCGGAACCAUGGCACGUUGGUCAGAGACAGCCACGGGUGUGUUUGAUGGGAAUGGGAGCUCUCUGGUCCAGGGUCUGGUCAUCAGUUCUGCCGCUCGGUUGAUGGGGGAACUGAAGGAGAAUAAUGACAGCCUUUUCAAGUUGCUUGCCGAUCGUGGAAUCUCCAGCGAGAACACAGUUUCAGUUGCGAUACCUGGGGCUGCAGUCGGAGAAGCCUUGGCUCAGGCGUCGGCGUUCAGGUUUUCAGAUGCAACAACUGUGGCCGUGGGUUACAUGGCAAUUUUCUCAGCUGUAGUGUUUUAUCUGGGGCUGAUUGCUUUGAUAAGAUACAGCCGGGGCGAGCCCAUGACUGUUGGAAGAAUUCGCGGCGUUGCUUCCAUGGCGGAGGCCGCGCCGUCAGUAGCACGGCAGGUGAUGGCUGGGGUGAGCUACAUGGCUACAGGGGUGAAGGUGGCAUUCCUGCUAUUCAUUGAGCUCGGAGUAUUUCCACUGCUGUGUGGAUGGUGGUUGGAUGUAUGCACUCUAGGCAUUCGUGACGUCACACUGGCGCAGGCUGUAUUAUUUUUCUCGUCGUCCCCUUCAAUGAGCUCUUUUCUGCACUGGCUCGUGGGGAUCGUGUACAUGCUGCAGAUCAGCAUAUUCGUGAGUCUAUUGCGGGAGGUGCUGAAACCGGGGGUUUUGUAUUUCCUGCGGGAUCCAGCUGACCCAAACUACAACCCAUUCCGUGAUCUGAUCGAUGACCCUCUGCACAAGCAUGCGCGGCGCGUGCUUCUUUCUGUGGUGGUGUACGGCAGUCUGAUUGUGAUGCUGGUGUUUUUGCCUGUCCGACUGGCGAUUUCGAUUGCCCCUCACAUGUUUCCACUGGAUAUAAGAGUGUCGGAUCCGUUCACGGAGAUCCCAGCAGAUAUGUUGCUAUUUCAUAUCUGUAUACCAUUUGCUGUGGAGCACUUUAGGCCGCGUGCAACCGUUAAAACCGUCCUGUUUCAUUGGUUUUCAACUGUCGGGUGGGCUCUGGGUCUGUCGGAAUUUCUACUUCCUGAAGCUGAGCAGGCAAACGGAGUUGGCGGGAAUAAUAACGAAGAGAGAGGGGUUGGAGGAGAAGAGAGGGACCAUAAUUUUGAUGGCAACCAUCCAAGAGGUGGACAUGGUGACGUUGCGGGGAGUCGCCACCAGCUGGAAACAUCUAGUGUGGAUGUGGAGUACGAGGAUUCCGACAACGAGGGCGAACACGACACAAACGAGUACCAGUUUGCAUCAAGAAUCGUGCUUCUUUUACUGGGAGCAUGGGUAACUCUUCUAGCAUUCAAUUCGACGAUGGUGCUGCUUCCUAUCUCGAUUGGGCGAGUCAUAUUCACCUCGUUCUCGCGUCUUCCUAUAACGCGCGGUGCAAAGUGCAAUGACUUGUACGCAUUCAAUAUUGGGUGCUACGUGCUUUGGGCCACUGCUGCAGCAAUACAAUAUGUAGUAGGGUAUUUGCGGACCCACGACAUCCGGGUGUUUUUGCGGCAGGUUGUGAAGUGGUCAUCCAUCGUAACAAAGAGCUUCGUGCUUCUCUCACUCUGGAUUGUGGUGAUUCCGGUGCUUAUUGGGCUUCUCUUCGAGCUGCUGGUUGUUGUCCCGUUGCGAGUUCCUAUUGAUGAGAGCCCAGUGUUUCUACUGUACCAAGAUUGGGCGUUGGGAUUGGUGUUUCUGAAGAUCUGGACGAGACUGGUGAUGCUUGGACAGUUCGUGCCACUGGUGGGUGAUAGGUGGCGAGUGAAGUUCGAGCAAGUUCGGAACGAUGGGUUUUCACAUCUAAGGGGUUGGUGGGUAUUUACUGCAAUCGUGGCUCCAGUUCUCAUCCACCUGUUGACAGCUCUGUGCGUGCCUUACGUGUUCGCGCGGGGAGUGUUUCCUCUUCUCGGGUAUUCGUUGACGGUAAAUUCGGCAGUGUAUCGCUAUGCUUGGCUGAGUUGCCUGCUGUUCGGAACUGUCUGGUACGGUGGACACCGACUCCACCAAUGGUUGUUGGAUCUUCACGAUACCAUCCGCGACGAUCGCUACCUUGUGGGACGGCGGCUGCACAAUUACGGGGAGCAGAAGAAGGCUCCAGAUAGUCCAGGGUCAUUGAGGCUGCCAUCUGCGGGAUUGGCAGAUGCUGAGGAAGGUGCAGACGCGCAAGUAGAUGAAGCAUCAGAACCAGAGGAGCGGAAAGGCAGUGGAGAGGAAUCCGAAGCAGCAGCAGGCCACGCUGGCGGCAUUGCAAGUGAUUCAGAGAGUGUGAUGGACCCUGCAGUGACGGGGGCACAGAGGAUAGGGGCGAGCGGUAGCACACUAAAAUUCCGGGGUGCUAUUAGUCAUGAAUGCAUCAGCAGCUAAGACAUUAUUCAGCCUUGCAAUGUGGUGAAUGAAUCACAUGAUGCAGACUUGGAGUUGCACUUUUAUGUAUAAAUGUAGGUAGGUUCGCGGGUUCGCAGAGCAAUUUACGUGCCUUCGAGUGGCUGCACAUUUCGUCGGACCGAUGAUGAGUCUGCUGCGAUGCAGCAGAUCACUGGGACUCGUUGCUACAACUGGCUUAACCUCGCCAGUCUACAGUGCUCUCCGUGAUGUGAUGUUAGACCCUUCCAUGUCAUGGAGAUUUCGUGCAGAGGGAGCGGACAUGGAAACUUAGUAGGUAGUGUAGCUCCUGUUAAAUUCAACCCCAUUUUAUUGUACUAUCACUCUCUGGGCAGUUUAUAUCAAGUAAGCCUUGUGACAUAAAGAUGUCUAUAUUUUACCAGAAAGGUUGUA